CGAAAAGAAAACGAGCAGAUCAACACAACCAUCUCACGUGUUAUAUUAUUUUUAUUAUUGUUUUUUUUAGCUUAAUGGCUGCUUGUUCACCGCCAGCACGAUAUGGGGGGAGAAAUAAGAGGAAUAAACGAAAGUAAUAAGAAAGGAAAGAAUAAAAAGAAAAAAAUAUGAAGAAAGAAAAAAGAAACAGAGGAAAAACGAGGACAAAAUAGAGAAAGAGAGAAAGUGAGAGAGUGAGCAAGACUUUGAAGUGAUUCGAACACUGGCGUAUGAACUUUUCAACGAAGGAAAGUGACAAGAAGAGAGAAAGAGAAAGAAAAAAAAGAUAAAGGAGAAAAUCGAGAGAAUAUUUCAUUACAAGUUUUCUCAAGUCAUGGAAGAACCACCUGGAUUUAUGGAGCUGGACGAGGACUUCUUGAAUAUCUCCUCCUCCUCCUCCUCCUCCUCCUCCUCCUCCUCCUCCUCCUCCUCCAAUGACAGUCUUUCCAUCACCAUUGCAGAUCCUUAUGACCUUCGCUAUCCAUGGAGGGAAAUUCCGUAUUUUUAUGUCCAUAUUACGACUUAUUUGGUGACUCUCGUGUUUGGAGUACUUGGCAACGUGGCAGUGAUCGUACUUAUGGCAGGCGACCGCAAAUCAAGAAACACUACCAAUUUAUUCUUGGUAUCACUUAGCAUGGCGGACCUGCUCAUGCUCCUCCUCUGCGUGCCCCUCAAGACUGUUUACUUCUUCGUGGUGCUGUGGGACUCCGGGGGCGCGGCGUGCAAGGUGGCAAACUACAUAAUGAUGCUUUCCUUCACCGCCAGUGUCUUGAAUCUAACGGCCGUGAGUCUUGAAAGGUUCAUUGUCAUCGUGUUCCCCAUGAGGUCAAGGUCACUGUGCACUAUGAGCAACUGCAGGAGGUCAGUCAUGGUAGUGUGGGUGACCUCCCUCCUCCUGGCCAGCCCUGUCAUCUUUGUCAUGCGCAUGAGUACUGUCGUUUACAUGGACCCCGCCAAGACCAGUAAGGGUGACCGCGUAUUACUGCCAGAAGAUGGACUCCCUUGCCUUCGUAACAUACCAGCUUUCAGUUCUCUUCGUGGUGCCUGCCCUGCUGAUGAUCGCCUUCUAUGCAGCAGUCAUUUCUUGCUGGUGCUAGUGGGGGGUGAAAAUGUUGUUAUCUCUCUAACACUCUCACCAUAUCCUUUCUCUUAUCAACACACACACACACACACACCCUUCCCUCACACUAACCACUCCUCCUCCUCCUCCUCCUUCUCCUUCUCCUCCAGCAGGACAGAAACUUAUUACCUCCAAACUAGGGGACGUGAAUUGACAGCAGGAAGGUUAACAGCAGGAAGGUUAACAGCAGGAAGGAGCAACAUGGCCCGUGAUUCUGCUUAUAACAGUUCCGCCUCCCUUUACGUGCCCCAGCCCUUCCUCAGGUCCCGCACCCCGUCGCCAGGAGGAAGGUGCCUGCAGAGGAAGAGGGAGAAGGGAGAGGAUGUGAGGAGGGCAAGGAAGCAGGUUAUCAAGAUGCUGAUUGUGGUGGUGGUGCUGUUUCUCUUGUGUUGGGGCCCGAGCAUCAUAAUGGGGGUGUGCAUUAACCUGGGGCUCAUACAGUUCAAUGAGGUCUUCUACAACUUCAACAUCAUCUUCGUGCUCCUUCCCUUCAUUCACUGCUGCAUCAACCCCGUCAUCUACUGCUCCAUGUCAAAAAACUUCAGGAGGGCAGUGAAGCAGUACCUCCCCUGCAGGCGUACCAAUACCUCUACUGCCAGUUCCUGCUGUGUGUCUCUCCCCUGCUGUUCCAAGGACGCCCCUCCAUCUGGCCCACUAAGAAGGGUCGUGGAUAGAAGCAUGUUUUCCUCUUAUUACUCUCCUGAGGUUACUACAAGACAUACUGAUGUUGAGAAUGUGUCGAAUAUGUGAGUGUGUGUGUUUGUGUGUGUGUGUGUGUGUGUGUGUAAUCUUUGGUGUUUGUUUUUCUUUCGUUUGUUUGUUUGUUUGUUUGUUUGUCUUAGUGGGUCUUUUCGUCUUAUUUUCAUUUCUAAGGGAGUUUGAUUUUCUUUGAAUGUUUUUCCAGUUUUUUUUUUCUUUUUCUUUAUUUCUUUACUUAUUUCAGAGGAAUUUUUUUUUUUUCAUUUUUGUGGGCUUCGUUUUCUUUCUUUUUUUAAUGGAUUUUCUCUCUCUCUCUCUCUCUCUCUCUCUCUCUCUCUCUCUCUCUCUCUCUCUCUCUCUCUCUCUCUCUCUCUC